GUUCAGUUCUAUAGCGAGCCGCAAGCGAAGCAGACCACAAAACGGAAGCGAACAAGUGAGCCAGUGAACCAGUGAACCAGUCAGAACCAGUCAACCAAUUGAACUCGUUGACUACUAAGAACUUGUUGAGUCGCAAUGACAUCGAAACCGAAUCUAUAUCCAACGCCGCCAGAGGCUCCGCCCCAAUAUGGGGACGUAAACGCACCGACGAUGAUACCAGCCGAAUCGUUGCCGCCCUCCGUGAUUAAUGUGCAACAGCCCCAGGUCUAUAUGCAAGGUGGAGCACAGAACAAUUUGGGCCGAGUGCCAACGUUUGCUGUCUGCCCCUCGUGCCACGCCCGACAGCAGACGACGGUGAACCAUGAGCCGAGCACCAAGACGCAUCUAUUGGCGCUACUCAUUUGUCUAGUGGGCGGCAUCUGUUGCUGCUGUGUGCCCUACUGCGUGGACUCCUGCCAAAGCGCUGUGCACACCUGCUCCAGCUGUGGCGCCUUUAUAGGCACCUAUCAAAACUGAUGCUUGGACAAUGGAUUACAAAAACAAUAAAAAACCACUACAACAAACACAACGUAUAAA